AGACUCGCAAAAAAGUACAGAAAUCAGCGCUUUAAGUGUGGAGAAGAUGACAAUGGCUAUUCUGUCAAAAUCAAAAUGAAAUAUUUUGUCGAAUAUAUGAGAAAUAGCAAAGAUGAUAGUCCACUCUAUAUUUUCGAUGGACGCUUUGCCGAGCAUCCCAAAUGCAAAAAAAUAUUGGAGGACUAUGUUGUGCCCAAAUAUUUUAGAGAAGAUAUAUUUCAUUAUGGUGGUGAAUCGAAAAGGCCACCUUACAGGUGGUUUGUAAUGGGUCCAGCUAGGUCUGGAACAGGAAUUCAUAUAGAUCCUCUCGGUACAAGUGCAUGGAACGCUCUAGUAAAGGGAUACAAACGGUGGUGUUUAUUUCCUCCCACUACUCCGAAAGAGUUAGUUAAACCGACAUUUGCAGAUGGCGGGAAGAGUAAAGGAGAAGCUGUUUCCUGGUUCACUUAUGUUUAUCCAAGAGUUAAAUCAGCUGAUUGGCCUUCUGAAUUCUCACCAAUUGAGGUUAUUCAGGCUCCAGGAGAAACGAUGUUUGUUCCUGGAGGAUGGUGGCAUGUUGUGAUUAAUCUCUCGGAAACAGUAGCAACUACUUUAAGAGCGAUUAACUUUAAUCUUUAG